AUAUAGUGCUACUCCAACCAAGCUAAGACUUCAACCACAAAGCACAUCAACUUUUCAACUCGUUCACAUGACUCGUCCUUUCAGAAUUCUCGACGAGCUCAACUCGUCUUCCUCCGACUCACCUGAUUCCGCCGUCGUUGAUUCCGACUUCGUCGUCAUCCUCGCCGCUCUCCUCUGCGCUCUCAUCUGCGUUCUAGGUUUGGUUACCGUCUCCCGUUGUGGCUGUCUCCGUCGCUUACGUCUCCCUUCCCCCGCCCUCGCUUCUCAAACUACACCUCCUUCUGCAGCUAACAAAGGCGUCAAGAAGAAGGUUCUGAAAUCUCUUCCCAAGGUUACAGCGACGGAAGAAUCCGCGGUUAAAUUCUCCGAUUGCGCUAUCUGUCUGAGCGAAUUCACCGCCGGAGAUGAAAUCCGAGUGUUGCCUCAGUGCGGCCAUGGCUUCCACGUGUCAUGUAUCGAUGCGUGGCUCAGAUCUCAUUCUUCGUGUCCGUCUUGCCGUCAGAUUCUGGUAGUAUCUAGAUGCGAUAAGUGCGGCGGAAUUCCCGCUCCCGCUCCCGCAACUACCGCUGUCGGCGCCAGCUCUACGCCGGCGCCGGAAUCUGAAGUUAGGUUAAAGGUAAGGGAGGACGAUGGAAACAGUUUCUUGCCUUAGGUUUCGCGUUUUCUGAAAAUUAGUUUCAAAUCUUGUGUAUAUUAAUUAUAUGUUGGAAAAGGAUUAUUAUCCAUUUAUUAGAUUAUGUGUGAUUUUUUAAAAUUUGAAUAGAAAUUAGUUAAUUAGAUUGCAUUCGCAAUAUGUGAAGUUGAUUGUAUACAAUUUGCUUCAGUUUAGAUGAAAUCAAUAAUUAUUUUUUA